UGAAGUUCGAACACAAUGAACAAUACGAACCGUUUGACGGAUCAGUCUGCGAGCGAAGAGGAGGGUGCGAAAAACGAUGAGAACGCGAGCUCGAAACACGGUAAACAGAAAUCGAAAAACUGUCUGGGACUGAAAUUAGUUCGAGUAUUCAGCUCGGCGUCUCUGAAAAGUUCAAAGACGCCGGAUCUGAAUAGCUCGGGGCAAAACUCCCCCAUAAGUUUCCCUGGAUCGCCUCGAAGCAGCCCAAAUCAGGGGAGUCCAGUAUCCUUCAACUCUAAGUCCAAGUCAGCCUGGUACAACUUCACUCAUCCCCGUAGCAGGCUGUCCUCGGUAUCAGGUUCGACCUCGUCCACCUCUUCAGCGGUGAAAUGGUACGACAGAAAUUCGCUAUCCCAGUCGCCUUACAGUCCGUUGGAUUCGGCGAGUUCGAAAGAUUCCGACAAGAAUUUCACCUACGAGAAGACAAAGUCGAGGCGAUCGUGGGGCAACAUAAUGCACCAUGGCUCUCGUGGCCAUCGCUCUGAUUCUUCCCGGUCAAACUCUCCUGUAAAAAUGGCUCGCAGGUCGCUCGACACUCCGAGCUUGGUGCCCGCGUCCCCGAUGACUCCCAAAUGCUUGGACCAGCUGCGGAAGGACUUCGCCGAUCACAAGAUCAAGUCACGGAACCUUCAGCAUUCCGUCCACGACCCUAACUGGUAUCGUUCCUACACUUCACUUCCAACAUCUGCAUCACUGUCCGCCAAGUUUCGGAACUACAACUCUGUACCUCCGACGCCGAGCAGCCCGAUGACACCCAAAAGUGCCACGUAUUCGAAGACCAUCACUCGUCACUGGCGGCAGCAGCUCGACCAAUCGGUUUACUGCAACUCCGAGCCCAGACGGACGGAAGAUACGCAAAACAGCCGUGUUAAUCCGGAUAAAGUAAAGGUAACGACGCACUCCGACCACAUGUUCGAGCUGCUCGAGAGGGUCCAGAGUUCCCGUCUUGAUGAUCAACGCUGCGUCUUACCUCCUUACUUCUCUCAGCCGUCCAGAGAUGAAAGGCCGACUUCGAGUCCAGCCGGCGGUACUCAGCCCCUCACACCGACUCCUUCACCGUCGCCAGUCGCCGACGCACCGAUCGGACGAGCCCUCAUGGAAGCCGCACUCUUGCAGGCUGGAACCCAACCUCCACCCAUGGUCGUCACACCCCCAGGGUACUGGGUUGAAGGUACCGACCAUCAUCACACUCUCGAUUCCUCGGGCAGAGCCAUACUGCCCACUCACCUUGCCUGGCAGCCGACGAUAGACCAGGACGACACAGCCAAAUGCUACAGACGUCUCUUUGCCACCAGGGAGCACGUCAACCUCGUCGGCAGGGACCCGGAGCAUGGACCGGUACUCGUAUCCGUAAAGGCGGAAUCUCUCGCUGGCGAAGAACACUGGAGGGUAAUUCUCAGACUCCGGGCCGGUUCUACGCACAAACUUUUAACGGCUUCGGAAAUCGGUCCUAACCUGUCGCCGAUCAGAAUGGUCAAGAUGCUGAACGAUUCUCUGACCGUGAAUACGUUGACCCCGGUGAUUUGCUCCGGCGCAGGAGCCAUGAUAGCCAGCUACGACGAGCACGCCCUGGUUUCGAAAUUCAAAUUCGGAGUCCUUCAUCAACGGGCUGGCCAAGUGACCGAGGAGAAGCUCUUCGCUAAUCGUCAGAUAACACCGGCCUUCCAGGAAUUUCUGGAUCUUCUCGGUCAGAGGAUAAACCUCAAGGAUCACAAGGGGUAUCGCGGAGGAUUGGAUACCCGACACGGUCAGACCGGGGACUCUGCUGUCUACGAGGUUUUUCGCGGGCGUGAAGUCCUAUUUCACGUAGCCUCCCUCCUCCCCUUCAGCCCCGGUGACUCGCAACAGCUACAACGUAAACGCCACAUCGGUAACGAUAUUGUGGCCAUCAUAUUCCAGGAGGAAUCAACACCCUUCAGUCCUGAUAUGAUCGCGAGCCACUUUCUCCACGCUUUUAUCGUCGUUCAGGUCAUCGAACCUUGCACACCGAACACCAGGUACAAAGUGAGCGUGACUGCACGUGACGAUGUUCCACGGUUCGGACCGGAGCUACCCAAGCCUGCUGUCCUACUUAGGGGCGUCGAGUUCAAAGAGUUUCUGCUCACCAAGCUCGUAAAUGCCGAGAGUGCAGCGUACAAGGCUGAAAAGUUCGCUAGACUCGAGUUGCGAACCAGAUCAGCGCUCUUGGAAUCACUGACCGAUGAACUGCAGUUGAAGACGGUCGAUUUUCUGGGUGGGGGAGCGAUUCCAUGCCCAGUAAGUCCUGCAGCGAGCGAGGCCUCGGCAUCCGGAAGCAGCGGAAGCGGAUCCCGAUUCAUAGACACAGUUCGUAAGGCACUGAUAUCGCGAGUGCGAAAUGCGUCAACGGACAACGUACCGCAACACAUGCCCAAAAAGGGUCCAUCAGAGGCGAGUCCACCGUGCAAUCGGUCGAUAACCAAAUCCGGCAAACGUUCGAUCGAGCCUACCAGUCCAUUGAGCUCGCCUGAUCUAACUUUGAGGAGAGAUUCGGACCGCGGAAGCCCGAGUCUUGGAAGCCAGGAUAGCAGUCACUCUACGACGGAGAACCAUGACAGUAGUUUGGCGACUUUGCAGCAGGACGACACAGACAGUAGACGCGAGUCUGCUAAUAAUUCGGAGAAAAGUUCCUUCCAGCACUUGACUCAGGAAAAUCUUCACAAGCGAGAGGUCGGCUGUCCGCGAAUGACGGAGAAAUCCGAAACGCACAGAGUCGUGUCCGAGAGCGAUGACAGCUCUUUGAACAGCGAGCUUGAACUGGACCAAGUUGUUUAUCCGGAUAGCGAUACUGGCCUCGAAUCAAUGAGCUCUGCGGAAACUCAUGAAGUGUCACAGUGUCCGCAAAGAAGCGAACCCGAAACUGAAGCACUGCGGACAGAAGUCACUAAGCUCAAAUGUGACAAACUUGAUCUGCUUAGACAGAAUGUCACUUGUCAACGAGACAUAAAAAGACUCCGUGAAAAGGAACUUCAACUUCAAUCCGAUUUGACUGCAGCAUCGACGGAAAUUUUACGGCUGAGGACAAUGCUAAAAGAAUGCUCGAGUAGCGUAGCUUUGGAGAACAACAAUCAACAAACAUCAACGGUGUGAGAAUUUCGAGAGUAGCGAUAGCCUCUUAAUGACGAACUACUACAUAGCCUGUAGCUGACAUACAAUAUGAUAUCCACACUGGUUUUAAGUACUGUCGCUUGUUAGAGCCUCGCUGGUCUGAUCCAACUAGAAAUACUAUAUUAGAGAAAUGUAUAGAAAAGUUUGGAUUUCGGUGUAUCAGUGUCGUCUUCACAUGCUGAUUAGAAAAUCUUUCCAAACCACGGAUUACAAAUGGUUCUUCAGCGUACAUAGUUAAAUGUCUGUACUAAUUUUAGAUGUUUCCCAUAUCGUAACGACGGAAUAUGUUAGACAAGAGGUUUUGAGCAAAACUGCUACUUUGUGACAUAAGUACACAGUCAUUUACGAGUGAGUUGUCCAGUUACAGUGAUUGAAUGACGAUUUUGCUGCUGCGGGGCUCCGUUUGAGUAGGUCCUAACUACGAUGGUACUUGAAUACUUCUUGAAGGUUUAUGCAAAAUAUUUAUGAAUUAAUUUAUUAAUAGUUAUAGAAUACCCGAUAGUGGUCAGUGUAUAGAUGAAUAUUUAAAAGUCUAUUGUUAUUAAAAGUUAAUGGAAAACAAACAAAAGAAAGAAAAAAAAACACUAGGAGAAAGAGAAUAAUUAAGUGUAAUUAAAUAGAGAAUACUAUAUACUAAGAAGAUGAUUAUUAUAACACAUGCCAAAUUUAUUUUAGCGAUAGAAGCUGAAGCUGCACAGAGUUACCAGCUUGAUUUCUUUGCCCACGCAAUAUGUACUAUUUUUUCUUUCUCUUUUUACAAUCAUAAUUUCUUUUUUUAAUAUCUACUGUGUUCGUCAACGUAUCAUUUUUUACGUACAGAAGUAUUUUACUAUUAAAGUUAUAAUCAUACGUUUUAUAGUUACAGAUACCGUUGUAUAAUAAUUUUAAUAUCAUACGAAAACUCAUUAUUAAAGAUCUUUCAUUAGCUUUCGUUAAGAUUUAAAAAGUUUGUUUGCUGAAGUUAACAUGUUGUAGAUUAGCUGAACCAAAUCGUUUAUUUUUAAGGAUUCAUUUGCAUGUAUAAGUAUCAUGUUGUUGUAUUACUGCGAUGCAUUUUAUGCCACCAAUGUAUAUAUUAUUAUUGACUUAAGAUUUUUAGAUUUAACUAACUCAUAACAAUACCAAAGUUUAAUGUAGCAACAUCACUUUUUUUGUUUCCUACAUUCCCGUCGUGUGCAACGCCCAUCAUCAGUACUCAUGUGUUUUAAUCUAGCUACAUAGUUAUCGUACAACGUCAGCUCGAUUCUUUUAUUAAAAAAUUAAAUAAACUAAUGAACUCAAUAAACGUCAAAAAAAGGGAAAUUAAUUUAUCCAAAUUUUACAGUCAAUUAAACAAUGUUUAACACAAACAAUACAGGUAUUACCCGUGACUCAUGUGAUCAAGAUCAACGCAGGUCACUUAGAUCAUUGUAUAACAUCACAGAUCACCUACUUUUCUGUAUUUUUUAUCAAGACAAG